AAAAUUUGGAGCUAGUACAAAAAAAAUUAUUCAAAAAUAGUAAAUGAAAUCAAAUCCUAAAUUAAUUGCUUCAAAAAAAAUAAAUCUAAUAUAACCAUCACCUUUGCUCAAAAAACAUAUAUAACCAUCACCUUGUUGAAGCACCGGCGGUGAGUUUAGGGAGAGAAGUAGCGGCCAGUGAUGCGGCAGUGUGAUGCGUGUCGCAUUAACAGCCUCAGCAUUGAGUUGGGCAAGAUCAUAUCAACCCCGUAACCUCGUCACUCGAAUGCUUUUACAUGGAGAAACAACUAUGGCCAGGAGAAAGCUCUUGUUGCUCUUGAAACCCUUCGAUGUUCACCCACUUCGCCAUUCUGAUUCUCUUUCUGGAACUUCCAAUUCUAAGAUACUUCAACAUUUAAACAAUAGAAUUCAGGUUCACAAGGAUGCCAUAAGCUUAUGUCAGGAAAUUCUGCAGCGAAAGUCAAUUGAUUGGGAAACUCUAUUUCACAAUGAUGUAACUCGCCCAAUCCGAGAUGUGGAUUUGGUUCUAACUAUUGGAGGUGAUGGCACUCUUUUGCAAGCUAGUCACUUUAUGGAUGACAGCAUUCCAGUUUUAGGAGUAAAUUCGGAUCCCACUCAGAUUGAAGAGGUAGAACAAUUCAAAGAUGAGUUUGAUGCCACUAGAAGUGCUGGCUACCUUUGUGCAGCUACUGUCAACAACUUCGAACAGGUGUUGGAUGAAAUUCUCAAUAAACGUGCUAGGCCUUCUGAAUUAUCUAGAAUAUCCAUACGUGUGAACUCACACUCAUUGAAGACACACGCUCUAAAUGAUCUUCUGAUUGCACAUCCUUGCCCUGCAACAUUGUCUCGGUUUUCAUUCAGGCUCAAAAGAAAUGGGGAGUCAUGUGGCCCGUUAGUAAAUUGCCGGUCGAGUGGUUUAAGGGUUUCAACAGCAGCGGGAUCAACUGCUGCUAUGCUCUCUGCUGGUGGAUUUGUGAUGCCCAUUUUGUCUAAGGACCUCCAGUACAUGGUGAGAGAACCCAUACUGGCAAGGGGUUCAAACUCUAGCGUGAUGCAUGGUUUGGUAAAGUCCGAUCAGACUAUGGAAAUUGCUUGGUCCACGGAAGAAGGUUAUGCAUACAUUGAUGGUAGUCAUAUUGCUCACCCUAUCAAGAAAGGGGAUGUCAUUGAAUUAUCAACAAAGGCCCCUGUUCUGAAGAUUUUCCUGCCACCUCACUUGCUAUCCUCUUCACACGAGCAGGUUGCAAAAUUGUGAAAAUUAUUUGCCUUUUUUCAUGUUUGGAGAUUAAUGGAACAGAAGGAUAAAUUUUUUGAAUUCCUUUUUUUCUUAUUUCAUUGUAGUUGGUUUUGGAGGGAGUGGUUUUAAAAGUCUGUACAUAACAAAUAGUUCUGUUUUCAUAGCAGGAAAUUCCACUGACUCGGGUUUGAUCCACAUUUUUGUUGUCAGGAUGAAUUUUUGAAGCACUUUAGAUAAUCCUGUAUCAGAUUAAGAAAGGGUUACAUCAUAUAUCAAAAAAUAAAUUUUUUGCGGA